AUGUCAAGAGAAAAGAUAUUAAAGUGUGCUUCUGGGACCCUAAAUAAUAUUGAAUUAGAAAUCUGUGCAGGCAGCGUUCUUGACUUAGAAGUGGAUACAAUCGCGAAUGCCGCAAAUGAGCGUCUGGAAAAUAAAGGAGGACUUGCUUAUCAAAUUGUCCACGAUGGAGGAAGAGAAAUACAGGAGGACUGCGAUAGGUAUAUAAAGACUUAUGGUGACCUACGCACAGGCUCUGUAGCAAUAACUAUAGCAGGGAAACUUAGAUACCAAAAAAUACUCCAUGUAGUAGGUCCUAGGCUAAAAGAUCACAAGCCAGUUAAAUUCGACCAUAAGGAUGAUCUAGUUAAAGCUGUAUUUAACUGUAUGGUAAAAGCUGAUGAGGAAGGCUUUUCAUCAAUAGGAAUUCCUGCGAUUUCUUGUGGAAUUUUUAGCUUCCCAAUCGAAGAAGCAUCCCUUUGCCAUAUUGAGGCUUUUAUUUGCUAUGCAGGAAUGUAUGUAAGAUCAAAUCCGAAUGCAUUUUUAAGAAAAGUUAUUUUCAGUCUUUUCAAUAAAAAUGAGCUGGAUUGGUUUUUGAAGGCUUUUAUGGAGAAAUGGCAGGGAUUUGAUUUUGUAAUGUAUCUGGGAAAUCGAGAUACGCAAAAUUUAGCAAAAAUUAGCUGAAUCUGUGAGCUAUGUGAUUGCAAUUUUGAAAAUAAUCUUGAUUUUUUGCGUUUUUCUGCGAAUCAUGAUCAUCUUUUUAAAAAAAAGACGUGCGAUUUUUGUAUAUUUCAGUAUCGGAUUACUAAUUGCAGCAUUUGUAAAUCUUCUUAUUUUGAUAAUACUUCUGCUGACAUUUUCAAUUGAAUUUUAUGCAGAGAAUGUAAAAAUUGGAAAGAAGAAAGAUCUUCUCGGUGUUGCAGACAAUUAUGCUAUGAAUGCUUGCUACAAAGGAAAGAAAAUGAAGUGAAAACUGAAGAUGAAAUCAAAUGCAUUUGUGGAGCUUUUGCAUUAAAGGAAUUUCAGAUGCAAAAUAAUCAGUAUUAUGCUUAUAAUUAA